AUGUCGCUUCCCGCUGAUCCACCUAGGCGACAUGAAGCCGCUCAAGAAGACGUCGAUAAGUUGCUGAGACUUGGUUCACGGUAUUGCGUUGAUUUUGCAUGGCUCGUCGAACGAGACAAAACUCCAUCUCUUCAUGACGGCUUUUCCUUCACAUAUCGAGGGAUACUGCGCCCCGAGGGUAGGAAGGUAGCGCUCAAGACUUUCCGGUCACGAGCAUUUGGAGAAGAGGACCACGGUCAAAAGUGUUAUAGCAGUGGGCAGUGGGUAUUGCGGGAGGUAUACCUCUUGUGCCAGCUCCGCCACAAAAAUAUUCUUCUGUUGUUGGGUAUUACUACUACGUUCGACAAGACUAUCUCCAUAGUGUCACCUUGGAUGGAUCGAAAUGCACACGAAUACGUGCAGGACCCCACCAUUGAUCCUCGCCCCUUGAUCUUAGGGAUAGCUAAAGGAUUACGUUACCUCCAUGAUCAUCAACCGCCAGUAUACCAUGGCGACGUGAAGGGUGACAGCCGCUUCUCACGGGUUUUGGUUUCUCCUUUCUCGUCAACUCUGCGUUUGACUUUACCAUGGAUGGCUCCGGAGCGUUUGGAUUUUGAUUUGGAUGCCAGCAGGGUGACUCCCGAAGUUGAUGUGUGGGCGUUUGGGAUGACUGCGCUGGAGCUUUUCACCAGGAGACUACCUUUUCAUAGUCUCAAUCAAUUUCCUGCCGUGAUGACCCGGAUCACGAGAGGUCCGCCACCGGACCUCCCCGGAGCAGAGUGCACUUACUCUCGUCUCACAGAAAAAUGGUGGCGGAUAUGUUCCUUGUGUUGGAAAUAUGAUCCAUCUCAACGACCCACGAUGUUGCGGAUUGUGGAGAUGAUUGUAGAUACCGAGAACGAUACCAAGGGCCAUACUGAGAGCCGUAUGGAGGAGAGUCUCACUGAGAAUCAUGCUACUCUGCCCUCCCGUUCCCGUUCGUGGCUGUCCAUAAGGUCAUUGUUCCGAAGAAAGUAG